AAACUCACCAUCUCAUCAGCUCCACACAUCCCGCUACCACCUUCCUCUCUCACAUCCCGCCUACAUUCCAAAUCUCACAACCAUCUCGUUUCGCCUCCAUGGCUUCGUCGCGAUUCUCCCUCCUGGCGGCAUCGCUCGCCGUUCUCCUCCUCGCCACGGCGACCAGCGCCUUCGCGCGACACUACGCCGCAAGCGGCGCGACGGUUAAACCCGCGGCAACAGCCGCAGCGUGCACCGCAUCGACUCUAGCCGGAUACGCCAAGUCCGUCAAGCUCACCGCUGAUGGCCUGCUUCUUUUCCACUGGAACGUCACCAAGAACAAGAACGGGAUCGUCGCGGCCGUCGAGGCCAAGGCCGGCAGCGGCGGAGAAACCGGCUGGAUCUCCGUCGGCUGGACGAAGAAGGCCGGCAUGAUGUCUCCCGCCGAUGCCGUCGUCGGGAAUCUCGCCGCCGCCGCGCCUAACAACGUGCUGGCUUAUUCGAUGAGCGGCAAGGUUCUGAGCAAGAUCAAGAAGACGACCGCUGUGAAGCUCUCUGCGAAAUCCGUGGUUACCUCUGCCGACAGCACGAUCGUCAAGUUCACUCGCACUGCCAAGGGCGGCGUGGGUCCGAUCAGUUACACGGGUAACAACAACAUGAUCUGGGCCUUCUCCGACGCCAAGGCUUUCACCAGCCACACCCAACGGGGUAGCAUCCUCGUCAACCUCGCAUGCAAGGUGUAAUCGGGUGCCAUGUUUCAUCUCCGAGAUGGUAUUUGGAGUCCACAAGAGACCGUAGCCGGGGAUAUGGCACCUACAAUCAGCUCUCAAGGUGUGGCGCAGCCGUUAGCAUCACGAGACUUCUUCGUGAUGUGGCUUCAGGAAACAAGGAUGCGAUCCUUGUUGCUGAUUGUUGAUGCUGUGGACUGUUGAAUACAGCAAUACAUUGUCACCAUUGAAAGCAACCGUACUGAAUGGAUCUGUCCACAGCAGGAUGCGGGGGAAAACGCCAGGCCUGGUUCGGGUCAGGUUCAGCGUACCGCUAUUGAGUUUCCCCGCUCCACCGAACUUCGUACAUGGGUCAUGUUUGCGCGCGCACACGUAUCAAAUAUGUCAACAGGCAGACAA